AUUAACAUAAUUACAUUCAUACUAACUCUAUCCCUUGCACUAUGUAUACUCCUAAUCACACUAAACUUCUGACUAGCCCAAACCAGCCCAGAUUCCGAAAAACUAUCCCCCUAUGAAUGUGGCUUCGACCCCCUCGGCUCUGCUCGACUCCCAUUCUCUAUCCGCUUCUUCCUAGUAGCAAUCCUAUUCCUACUCUUCGACUUAGAAAUCGCACUCCUACUCCCCCUCCCAUGGGCUAUCCAACUCCAAUCCCCCACCACCACCCUAACCUGAGCUUCCACCAUCAUCCUCCUGCUCACCCUAGGACUUAUCUACGAAUGAACACAAGGUGGCCUAGAAUGAGCAGAAUAA